AUGCCUUCACUUACUAAGUGAUUUAAUGAUCUGAGUCGGCGCCAUUAAACAUUCAGAUGUACAAAACUUUUAAAAUGUUCUUGACGUCUUACGGCUAUGGCGAUUUAUGCAAAUAAAUGGCGUCGGUAACGGCGACAGAACCAGCGAUAUGCCCGGCUGCAAUACCAGCAGCAGAGUCCAUAGUGCCCGCUUGUAUGUUUGCACCUGACCGGGGAUGUGCUGACGAUCCAUCGGGCGGAGAGGGCUUUGAAGACGGCGAUGGUACAAACGGCGAGUCCGCGGAUCAUUUAGACUUAAGCAGUAAGCUGGUCCUAGUGAGUCCAACGGGGGAACAGUAUGAUUCAUUACUACGACAUCUGAGGGAGCGGAUAGAUGAGGGCUGUGGAGAGACAAUCUAUGUGGUUGGACUCGGCUCAGAUGGAGGUGACUAUGGUCUGGAUGAAAAGGACAUGGAGGCAUCUGUAGCCACAGUGCAGUCACUGUGUGAACAGAUUGAGGCUGAUCUAAUCCUGCUAAGGGAGAGGACAGACACUGGCGGAAAGAUUCGUGACUACCUGAUCCGUCGGCGUGUGGGCGAGCAGGAUUUCCUGGAAGUUAGAGUGGCAGUUGUAGGAAAUGUGGAUGCUGGGAAGAGCACUCUGUUGGGAGUUCUGACCCAUGGUGAGCUGGACAAUGGCAGAGGCUUUGCUCGCCAGAAGCUCUUCAGACACAAACAUGAAAUGGAAAGUGGCAGGACUAGCAGUGUGGGCAAUGAUAUCCUGGGCUUUGAUCAGGAGGGACAGGUGGUGAACAAGCCAGACAGUCACGGAGGCGGCCUAGACUGGACCAAGAUCUGUGAGAAAUCCUCAAAGGUCAUCACCUUCAUUGACCUGGCUGGCCAUGAGAAGUACCUCAAGACCACUGUCUUCGGCAUGACUGGACACCUGCCUGAUUUCUGCAUGCUCAUGGUUGGCAGUAACGCUGGUAUCGUUGGCAUGACCAAAGAGCAUCUGGGUCUGGCACUGGCCCUAAAUGUACCAGUGUUUGUAGUGGUUACCAAGAUUGACAUGUGUCCAGCCAACAUUCUGCAAGAGACACUAAAAUUAUUACAGAGGUUAUUAAAGUCACCGGGCUGCAGGAAAAUCCCAGUGUUGGUCCAGAACAAGGAUGACGUCAUCGUCACAGCCUCCAACUUUAGCUCAGAGAGGAUGUGUCCAAUUUUCCAGAUAUCAAAUGUGACGGGGGAGAACAUGGACUUGUUGAAGAUGUUCUUGAACCUUCUGUCUUCUAGGACCACUUUUAGCAACGAUGAGCCUGCAGAGUUCCAAAUAGAUGACACAUACUCAGUACCGGGUGUGGGCACAGUAGUUUCAGGGACUACGUUACGUGGAUUGAUACGGCUGAAUGACACAUUGCUCUUAGGCCCAGACCCGCUUGGCACCUUCAUCCCUAUCGCUGUUAAAUCCAUCCACCGUAAAAGGAUGCCUGUGAGAGAGGUUCGCGGUGGACAGACUGCAUCCUUUGCCCUCAAAAAGAUCAAACGGUCGUCUAUAAGAAAAGGAAUGGUAAUGGUCUCCCCAAAGUUGAUGCCACAGGCCACUUGGGAGUUUGAGGCCGAGAUUUUGGUGCUUCACCACCCAACUACGAUAUCCCCGAGAUACCAGGCCAUGGUGCACUGCGGCAGCAUCAGGCAGACAGCCACCAUCCUGACAAUGAACAAAGACUGUCUAAGAACAGGGGACAAAGCCUCAGUUCAUUUCCGCUUCAUUAAGACCCCAGAGUACCUGCACUGUGACCAGAAGCUGGUGUUUAGGGAAGGACGCACCAAAGCUGUGGGCACCAUCACCAAGCUCCUCCAAUCAGUGAACACCCAGGCAGCCAAGGCCCAACAGUCCAAGACACAGGCAAAUAAAAAGACCUCUAAAGAGGGUACAGCAGCCAAUGAGGAAGCUGGAUCAACAGCACGACCACCUAGUCCUAACACAGCACAGCUACCAACAGUGGCAGAGGAGGAGGCUCAGUGUAAAGAUGGCAACAAAGAAAACAAGCUCAAGUCUGGAGGUGGAGGACGCAGGAGAGGCGGUCAGAGACAUCGAGGGAAAGGCCUGAAUGCUGCAACAAUCUCUACAGUGGUACCUGCAGGAGCAGCAGGCACAGCCUAAAAGCACAAACUUUCAUUUCUCCCUAGCCUAUGUUAUCUUUUCACAGGGAGGAAAAGUGACUGCAUGGCCCUCUGGUGGUUGUAUACAGACUGACUGGACAUGUUUCUUUAAUAUAAAAUAAUUAUGCAGCAAUUUUGAAUCAUAAGAGUGAAUUAUUUUCCACACAUGAAGUCAAUUUGAAGCUUUAUUGGUGUUUUUACUUCUGGGCUGCUGAAGAUAGUAUUGAGUUUUUAUUUAGUUGGAGCUUUAUUGCAGUUAACUGCAAUUUGUAGGUUACAUUAUAUAACAUUUUCUUUUGUAAUACAAAAGUUUUGGGGGUGUUCAUCUUGUUUGUAGUUCAUCAGAACUUCUUUUAUAGCAUUAACUGUUUUCCCAGCCAGCAGAGGCAUCAGUCACUUUCCCUGCCUUAACAUUUUCCAACCUUCAAGCUACAUUUUUCCUGUUGCUCAUCAUCCUCUUACUCAUUCUGCAUCCUCUUGUGUUCAGCUCAGCCUAACUUUCAUUAAUGCACCUUUUCUGGGUGACACCAGGGUUGGACUCUACGUACUGUCACAUCAGUCAUUUGAGGAGGUAGAUGGUGCACUUGCUGAUAAAUAGUACUUUUCUUUUAAAAAGGCUUGUCAUUGAGGCUGGCAGUUUGUAUUCAUAUUGGAAAUUGAUUAAAAUCAAAGGGAACUGAUGCCAAAUUAAGGGGUACAGCUGUCUCAUAUCAGCUAAAAAAUGGAUCAGAUAAAUGUGAUUUAUUUGUCCUGCAACUGUCCUGGGUGGCAGCUAAAGUUUUUCCUCUGGAAUUCCCCUUUGCUUAAGAUUUUUUUGAAUGAUGGUGUUGGUUAAAUUUUGUGGCCAGUUAACAGAAACCUUUUUUCCUUGUCCUGGGAUUGCAGCCACUAAUGCCCUGUCAUCACCUGUCACAAAACAUCUCCUCGUAGAUGAAGAGAAAAACAGUCUCUUGUCCUUUUAAUAACUCUGCAAUAGCGAGGUAAUUUUAUAAAUUUUAUAUUAAUCCUUUUUCUAAGAGCCCAUGUCGAAGUUUUACAAAAUCUGUGCAGGUCUAAUGCUGGCAAGAGAGGAAAGGUGUGAAUAGGUCCUAAUUUUUCCUCAAGUGUAGUCUAUUAUCAAAAGUAAAAUUUGUCCUGUGUAACAUGGUGCAGGUCCUUGUGAAAUCUCCUCCUUACUUUGUUGGAAAUACACUCAGUUGUCAGUUUAUUAGGUACACUUAGCCAAAACUAAUGUGUGGCAAUAAAUCCUACAAGAAGGUAAAAUGUGCAGUUUUUGUUGAAACCGUUUACAGCAUCACAAAUUACAAUCUCCAAAAUGAGCAUGCAGUUGAACGAGCACCUCUCUACAACAGUUUCAGCAUAAACUUAACAUUAUAACCUUCAAGUGCUAUGUGUACCUAAUAUACUGGCAACUGAGUAUAUCUGAAGCUAAGCAGAUGUAAGCACAACUUUCUACCAUUUUGAUGCAGUCUGACUGCCCAGUCCCCAGACAUUUACUCAUCUAGUAUUUUUACUACUUAAAUACAAAAACUCAAGUGAUGUUUGAAAAGCCAAGUAAGAACAUAUGUAAUUCACAAAAAUAUCUUACUGUGACUUGAGCCUGGACAUUUUGUACUCUAUUAGAAAGAGCCAUCGGCUGCCAAACAGAUAUUUCAAAGCUUUAAGGGUCAAAUACAAAUGUGUACCAGACACAGAAAGUCAAUUGCUUUCUAAACAGAGCGAGCAGUGGUGCACAAGUUAAAGUUAUCUCAUAUUGUUCCUACUAAGCUAACAUAAAAUCUAAAAUGAGUGGCCACCAACAACUACAUAUUCUUUUUUUUCAACUGCAUUUUUCCACUGGUUUUAUCAUCUUGUUCAAUGGUCCUCAUCCCAGCUUUGAGUUUGAUAUUGGGAAGAUAACAAAAUGUGUUAUUGGUUGUCAGAGGGGCUUUUUCCCUUUCACAUUCAUACUAUGAUUUCAGAUUCAGUCUGGUCUGAGAGUCUUUGAGGCUCUUGAAUUACUAAAUCACAAAACUGCCAGAAUAUUUCUCCUUUUCUCCUCUUGACUUUUUUUUCUAACUGAAAUUGCAUGGUUUUGUUUUUGAAGGGACACAUUUUGUGUGUAUGUAUGUACAAAAAUACAAGUUGUGCAGAAGAACUAAGGAUGAAAAGAUGCCAUUUAAAUUAAGUGGUGCCAGUUUGUGUUGUAAAUCCUUUUAAAUAAAGAUGUUCUAGAAAA